AUGAGAAAGACUCAGGAAAUAGACUUCAUUGCUGCUCCAGUGGGCUACACGUGGGAACGGGAUCAGGUAGCCGACUUCCUGCCAGCUAUCCACGAGUCCUACAACGGGAUGAUUUUCAGGGAUACUCGGGGCAGUUCCAAGUUGUUAAGUGCCCUGGCCGAUCCAUUCCGCUGGCAGGUGUAUGCUGUGGGAGGGGCGACUCUACUGGGUGUUAUCCUGCUUUACCUCGCAAUAGAAUGGAAUAAUCCAUUCUACCAAGAAGCAACAUCUGAAGCGAAACGGUUGAAGCCAACAGGUGUUCUUGACACAGUGAUGUAUCUUUUUGGCUCCACAGUUCAUCAGGGAGGCGUCCAUCUUCCUGAAUCCAGUUCUGGACGGAUCCUGAUCAGCUUCUGGUGGAUGUACAUCAUAGUGAUGACGGCAGCCUACAGUGGCAAUCUAAUUGCAGCGCUCACGGUCACAAGAAAAACAACUGCAUUUACAAGUUUUGAUGACCUGUUCGAAGUUGCAAACUUGAAGAUCGGUAUAAUGGGAGGAACAGUCCUACACGAGACUAUCGAGACGUCCAACGACAGCCUAAUAAUGGAGAUACGGGAAAAGAUCGAGGCUUCUGAAGAGAUAGACAAGGACGUCCACAAUCACAAUCCCGCGGUGCACAUGGAAAAGGUUAUGACAGAAAACUAUGCCUUCCUGCACGACAUCACUGAAUUAGAAAUGUUUGUGAAAAUCUCAUGUGACGUGUAUAUACUGAAGGAUAAAAUUGUACCCCUAGACCACAGUCUCCUACUGCCACAAGAUUCUCCACUUACAGACAUGUUCGCAAAAGAAAUCACCAGGGUGCAGGAAAUUGGCUUGAUGGAGUACUGGCUGAGGAAAUGGAAACCCACUCAGAAUAACAGUACAUGCCCUUCCCUUGAGAAGGGGGCGAAACCUGUAGGCCUGGAGAGGUUGGCGGCUGCGCUGCUUGCCCUCGGGGCUGGGAUACUGUGUUCGGGUGUGUGCCUUCUCGUUGAGCUGGUCGUCAAGGCAUCAACGUAA